AUGCUCAUCAACGGCGAGAAAUGGGCUUGCGACGCCUGUGUACGAGGACACCGAGUCAGCAAUUGCCAGCAUUAUGAGCGCCCAUUACAACAUAUCAACAAGAAAGGUCGACCGGUCACCCAGUGCCAGCACUGCCGCUCGCAGCGAAAGAACCGCUCGGCCCACGUCAAGUGCGACUGCGGCGAGAAAACAACCAAAUGCGUUCAUUUGGGCGCCAUAGACGGUCACCGAGAGAGCUGCUGCUGCAACCACGGCGGUCGGUGCAGCUGCUCCUUCAAGAAGGAUCCUGACUCCAGCUCAUCCGACAUGACGGAAAAGGGCUCAGCAGCAGCCAAGACAGCUUCGGCUGCCACCAUGUCGACCACCGCUUCCAGCCUGGGAACAUCAGGCCUCAGCUCGCCCAAGAGCCCCAUUCGCCGCCGCCGCGCCAACACCACUCGCUCCGAGGGUACGCUCACUUUUGACGAACACGGCCGCCACAAACCAGUCUCUCACAAACAUGCAAAGAGCCAAAAGACGAGCCCGUAUCCCAGCAGCCGAAUCAACUCGGUGCGUAGCACUGGCGUGCUUUCGAACUUGAUGGCGGCCUCAAAGUCCGCUAACAACGAGGAUGAAGCGGAGGAGGACGAUCACAGCAGCGGACUCGGCGAGUCUGACAGCGGAGCCGACGAUGGCGGGGGCUUCCUCUCCAUGACCACGCCUGCUUCGACUACGGCAACCAGUGUUCCGCUGUCCUUUCACGCGACAGAACAUCAAGAGCAGCGGCUAUCGCGGUCGGAGACUACUUCGCCCCUGCACCUCGAUAGCAGCUACCCGCAGCCGCACCAGCUGAACGACAACAGCCAACUACCCCCUCUCAACAUGGGCGCUGUCGACUACAUAUCUUAUAACUACAACGCCUUCGACAGCCCGGAUCAGCCUCUCUUCAGUGCUGGCCUCAAGGCGCCAGCAGUCGACUGGAACCAGUUUUUCGGCGCCAACAGUGCCAACGGCAUUAGCGGCGGCAAUGCUGGAAAUGAAUCCGGCAAGUUCGGCAACACCGGCCCAUUUGGGUUUGGGAGCACAUUUGGAUACGAGUACAACGGAUCCGAGCAGGCACCCACCAUGACCACGGCCACGUCGGGAGAAGUGUCCGAAGCUGAGGACUUGAUGGUGCCCGGCGUGGACGACUACGACUACGACUACGAUGGGGCCACGGAUGCCGCAAGCAGUAGCGUUGCCUUUUCCCGCGCCAACAGCAGCUACCACCUGGCGUCUUCAGUAAAUAUACGCCACGACUUUAGCGAUAUGCGCCUAAACAAGGCUGGCAACAAGUUCCUCCCCACGCCCUCAGCCGCCACCACCGACGAUGCUGCGGCCUUAGCAGCCGUCGGUGCGAUGGCGCAUGGUGCCACUCUCGAAGACGACGAUGCUGCUAUCUGGAUGCCGGAUUACCAGGGCCUCACAUCCAUGACCGAAUCGCCAGAGUCCGACGUGAUCUCCUUCUGGGGGUCGAAAUAG